UUAACCCAAUGCAUAGCUUGCUUAUGGAAACAACAUUGGUCAUAUUGGCGCAAUCCACCAUACACUGCCAUAAGGUUGAUCUAUACAGCCAUCAUAGCCUUGAUGUUUGGGACAAUGUUCUGGAACCUUGGCUCCAAAACAACGAAACAACGGGAUCUCUUCAAUGCAAUUGGUUCUAUGUAUGCUGCUGUUCUCUUUCUUGGUAUUAAAAAUUCUACAACAGUGCAGCCAGUCGUAGAUGUGGAAAGAACAGUCUUCUAUAGAGAACGAGCUGCCGGAAUGUAUUCUGCCUUGGCAUAUGCCUUUGCACAGGUUACAAUUGAGAUCCCUUAUGUUUUUGCACAAGCAGUUAUCUAUAGUGUCAUAGUUUAUGCAAUGAUUGGGUUUGAGUGGACUUUGGCUAAAUUCUUGUGGUACCUGUUCUUCAUGUAUUUCACAUUUUUGUACUUCACCUACUAUGGCAUGAUGGGGUUCGUCAUUCCCCGAACCAGGAUUCCUAUAUGGUGGAUAUGGUACUAUUGGGCAUGUCCAAUGGCUUGGACCUUGUAUGGACUGGCUACGUCACAAUUUGGAGAUAUACAGGACAAGCUUGAGACUGGUGAAACAGUGGAAGAAUUUAUGCAGAAUUACUUUGGUUUCAAGCAAGAAUUUAUAGGAGUGGUGGCUGCUGUGGUGGUUGGAUUCACUCUACUCUUUGCAGUUAUCUUUGCCUUGUCCAUCAAGAAGUUGAAUUUCCAGAGGCGAUGA